UGAAUAUCGGUUGUCAUAGUGUCACCGCGAUAGCUUUCGAAAAUGCAUGACUGCUUGAGGGCGAAAUGCUUUAUACUUGGAAGCCAGUACUGUGGAAAAACAGCAAUCGUCCAGUCAUUUUGCAGUGAUGGCCGGGACUUUUCGAAGAACUACCGUAUGUCGACAUCAGUUGAAUUCAUUGUUAAAACAGUGACAAUACCAGAGGUGAAUGGCAGUAUCGAGUUGUUUUUGUAUGACGUCCCAGGUCAAGAGGUUUUUCAUGAUCUGAUCAAUAAUUAUAUUAAUGAAGCCAACCUUAUUGUUGUUGUUUUCGAUGUAACUGAUUCUCAAAGUUUUUCCAAUGCAGAGGUUACCUUAGCGGAAUUCCGGAAAUCCCUCAAUGAUAUACGUAUACCGGGUAUGCAUAAUUUCUCAUCGUACAUGCGGAAUUUAGUUGCUUUGGUUGGAAAUAAAACAGAUAUUAAAUCAAGGCGUGUCAUCACCAUGGAAAAAGCUCAGCAGUUGGCGAAUGAUCUAAAUAUACCAUACUUUGAAACUUCUGCUAAAGAAGCAUCUGGUAUUGAAGUUCCUUUUUUAUAUCUUAUUAAAGAGUAUUAUGAAUUGUACAAAAAUGCAAUUCGUGAUUAUCAAGCUUUAUAGAAUUGAUUAUUAUUAUACACAACGUUCAUGUAAUGUAAU